CGCUAUCACAGGGGUGGCGGGUAAGGUGCUGUUAGUGGAAGAGUACAUUUUCAUUGAUCCAUUCGUGGAACGGAAGCAAGGAACGUACGAAUUUACGAAUCCUAAUCGUGAUAUUAACUUCGUAUUCACUGUAUUUCAAAUCAAAGUUACGAUUAAACAAAUUUCCCUUCUGAAUAAUUCUUACCAUGGAUCGUUCGAAAACGUUAUGGUGGAGAAGUGAGACGAAAGCUAAGAAAUGGGCUCAAUCAAAGGUUCAUACAGAAGAAGCGUAUAUCGCAAUUGUCAUUGGGUGAGUACGGAUUUGUAGUUGCGAUAGUCUCUCGCGCAGGUUAGUCGAACGUGGUGGGUGGUCAGAUAGAGGGGUGGUUCGUGUAGCGAGUCGCGAAUGGUGCGGAUAUAUAGUGGGGCGCCUCGAAACUAGUUCCUGUCGAGUCCGCUGCGCGAGAUUGGCGCGUGGCGGUGCAAUAACGUCCGCGUCGGGUUUGUCUAAUCGUGACACAGUCCUCGAGAGAAGCUUUUUAGCCGAUAAAAGUGUGCGUCAGACACGGAGUGUUUUAAGAGACUCAGACUCAGUGUUAACGGGGAACUGGUGGAUGGUGGUGAAUUCCCGUGGCCAGAUUAGCUUGGAUAAAAAGCAAAGAUCGAAACGAAGGAAUGCGGAUGAGGAAAACGUUGACAAAACGGGAGACAGUGCUAGUGGCGACUAAGUGAACGAGAUAGAGUUUACGGGAAGAAAGAGAGAGAAAGAGAUAUAAACGAGUAGGGGGGAUAUAUAGGGAUGAAGAAAGAGUGAGAAAGUGCUAGGUAGGAGGUAUAAGUGAUAGAGGGAAACAGAAGGGGGAAUAAGAAAGAAAGAGAGGGAGGGGUAACGAUAGAGACAGACGGGUGUUAGAAAGAGAGAGAAGGCGCGCGCGCGCGUCUAUGUGCCAGAAGGAACUGGCAGAUAAAGGAAGUGGAAAGGACCUGGUCGGUCCUUCGGUAAGGAAAGCUAAGGGUACGAAGGACGGCAGGAAGGCAGGAAAGACGGAAGGAUCGUAGUCAGACGAAGCUGUAUUACGGGGUGACAGCGGUGCGAGUAGUAGAACGCGUCGGGUCUGUCCCCCAGGAAGGGACCGUCGCGCGCAACGCGAUCAAUUUUCGUUGCGACGCGGGCGGUGAGACUGGAGGAAAGGAAGAAAUGACGACUGCAGCGAGAUACCGAUAACCGGCCAGAUAAUGUUGUCGCAGAGCAAGUUUUACGCUCUCUUUAUCCACUACACAUUUGUGUAGCGCGACACGGGGCGGGUCCUUGCCGCUGCGGUGAAGAACAGAGGUGUCGGAAGAGGAGGUGGAGGCGCGAGAAGAACAAAAGAGACGAAGAAGAAGGAAGAAGAAAAAGCGGAAGAACGAAAAUUAGGAAAGGAACGAAGAAAUUCGUUGGAAUUCUUGAAAAGUCUAAAAAGAUAUUCGAGAAACUAGGAUACGUUUCAUUGUCUAUCGUCUAUAAUCGUUGUGAAAAGAAAUAGAAACAAGGAAAGAACGGAAGAAAGAAAAGAGAAAAAGAAGAGAAUAAAAGAAAGAGACACACAUAAACACACACGCACGUAUACGGAAAAGACAGAAAAGUUUGUCGAUGUACGGUGUGUGUUCAGUUUACAGUGUCAUUGCUUGAUAGUGUGCUCUAUCCUUGCCGAAGUUGAAUAAGUAAGGCCCGCGGAGGUAUCUCAGAACCCGCCCCUCCUCGACGUCGCAGUGCCUCUUUUCCAUAUCGCUACGUCGUGCUUUUUUCGUUCAAGCUACGACUAUCCCUACAUUACCAGAGAAACUCCUCGAUUAUAAGUAUCGAUCGACUCGAAGAUCAGACUAUGUUAUAUCGAAUAACGGAUUGAUCGCACCCGUCGCUUCAUUCACACGUCGGACAUGAAAAAUCUUGGUUCGCGUUGGACGGUCCCCGACAUAGCACGCACUGCCGCAGCGCGUUCGUCAUUUCUCGUCGCCAUUUCGUCGGAACGAGAUUCAGGUAGCAGCAGCAGCAACAGCAUCAUCAUCAACGAUAGCAGCAGCAACAUCAGAAGCAGAAGUAUUAGCGUGAAAGUGAAAAGGAGCAACGUUAGAAGUAGCGGUAGUGGAAUCAACAGGGAAAGUAUCAACGGUAGAGGCAGAGUCACGGCGAUCGAAAAGUAUAAGAGGGGAACGAGGGGAAACGGUAGAUCGGCAGUCGACGUGCUGCACGAGUCGAAUUUAUCCGUCCGAUCGUACGUAACGGCGUCGUCAAAUCGGUUCGACGGCACGACGCGUCCCGAAUCGACGACCAGGUACCGGCCACUAGCCGGCAAGUCGCGCGGUUCUCAGCACCGGUCUCGUCCUCGUCAGCCGCAGCCGCAGCCACCGCAGCAGCCACUCUAUUACCCCCCCGCAUCGUGGGACACGCGCACAUUACACUUCAGGAACUGUUAGCACCGAUCAAAAGAAGGUGGCUCAGCUGUGUGCAGCUUAGACAAUGUCCGAAGAUUCUGACUCUGUAUCAGAGGAAGAAAGAAGUUUGUUCCGUCCGUUCACGCGGGAGUCCCUGGCAGCGAUCGAGGCUCGCAUCGCCGAGGAACAUGCCAAGCAGAAGGAGCUCGAGAAGAAGAGAGCGGAAGGCGAGGUUCGAUAUGACGACGAGGACGAGGACGAGGGUCCUCAGCCGGAUCCGAUGCUCGAACAAGGAGCACCGAUCCCGGUCCGACUGCACAACGAAUUUCCACCCGAGUUGGCCUCCACACCUCUCGAGGAUAUCGAUAACUUCUAUCAUAAUCAAAGGACCUUCGUCGUCAUCAGCAAGGGGAAGGACAUAUUCAGGUUCUCAGCGACAGAUGCGAUGUGGAUCCUCGACCCGUUCAAUCCGAUACGACGAGUGGCCAUUUAUAUAUUGGUUCACCCACUGUUCUCCCUCUUCAUUAUCACUACAAUAUUGGUUAACUGCAUACUCAUGAUCAUGCCCACUACGCCCACCAUCGAGUCUACGGAAGUGAUAUUUACGGGCAUCUACACAUUUGAGUCCGCCGUUAAGGUGAUGGCGAGGGGUUUCAUUCUGCAGCCUUUUACCUAUCUUAGAGAUGCAUGGAAUUGGCUCGACUUCGUAGUUAUAGCUUUAGCUUAUGUGACGAUGGGCAUAGAUCUAGGCAACCUUGCCGCUCUCAGGACAUUUCGAGUCCUCCGAGCCUUGAAGACUGUCGCUAUUGUACCAGGUCUGAAAACCAUUGUCGGCGCUGUGAUAGAAUCCGUGAAGAACCUGCGCGAUGUGAUAAUCUUGACGAUGUUCUCUCUUUCCGUCUUUGCGCUGAUGGGCCUCCAGAUUUACAUGGGGGUGCUCACGCAAAAGUGUAUAAAGAACUUUCCCGAGGACGGCUCCUGGGGCAAUCUGACCGAUGAAAACUGGGAGCGAUUCGUUAGUAAUGAAACUAAUUGGUACGUGGACGAGGCGAAAAACAUGCCUUUGUGUGGAAAUUCAUCUGGAGCAGGGCAGUGCCUUCCUGGUUACACGUGUUUACAAGGAUACGGUGAAAAUCCGAAUUACGGUUACACGAGUUUCGACACCUUCGGCUGGGCUUUAUUAUCCGCCUUUCGUCUGAUGACGCAAGAUUAUUGGGAAAAUCUGUACCAGUUAGUGCUUAGAUCGGCCGGUCCAUGGCAUAUGUUGUUCUUCAUCGUGAUCAUUUUUCUUGGCUCCUUUUAUCUCGUCAACUUGAUUCUUGCUAUUGUCGCGAUGUCUUACGAUGAAUUGCAGAAGAAAGCUGAGGAAGAGGAAGCAGCCGAGGAGGAAGCUAUAAGAGAAGCUGAGGAAGCGGCCCUGGCAAAGGAGACCAAAUUAGCGGCACAAGCGGCAGCCCGAGAGGCGGCAGCACAUGCGGUGGUGACCGCCGCUGACCAGAUAGUCAAAUCUCCAUCAGACUUCUCGUGUCACAGCUACGAAUUGUUCGUUGGUCAAGAGAAAGGGAACGACGAUAACAACAAGGAGAGGAUGAGCAUACGUUCGAUCGAAUCGGUCAGCGAGCACAGAGUGAAACAGAUCAACAAUCACACGACCACCACUAAAGUGCGAAAAGUCAGCGCCGUCUCUCGCGCCGCUAAUGGCCAGUUUACUUAUGCCUACCAGGAAAGCCUGCGGAAGGCGAGCCUUAGUCUGCCUGGCUCACCGUUCAAUCUUCGCCGGAGCAGCCGCGGUAGCCAUCAGUUCACGAUCAGAAAUGGCAGGGGCCGUUUCGUCGGGCCGCCCGGCGGUGACCGGAAGCCGUUGGUGCUGUCCACGUUCCUCGACGCCCAGGAACACCUCCCGUACGCGGAUGACUCGAACGCGGUCACGCCUAUGUCCGAGGAGAACGGCACGAUCGUUGUGCCCGUCUACUACGCGAAUCUUGGGUCCAGGCAUUCUUCGUACACGUCGCACGCUUCACGCUUGUCGUACACGUCUCACGGCGAUCUGAUCGGCGGCAUAGCGAACGCGGGGAAACCGAUGACCAAGGAGAGCCAGUUGAAGAUCAGAUCUGUCAGGCCGCCGUCUGUCAAUGGACAUAUCACGGAUAAUAAUCAGAAGUACCAUUACGAGGGUGAUCUGGAAGAUCCCAUGGGCAAGGCAAAGCAACAAGACAAUCCGUUUAUAGAGCCUUCUCAACAACAUGCCGUGGUUGAUAUGAAAGACGUGAUGGUGUUGAACGAUAUCAUAGAACAGGCAGCGGGACGACAGAGCAGAACUCCGGAGCAAGGAGUUUCUUCGACCUAUUACUUUCCGACAGACGACGAUGAAGAAGGGCCGACAUUUAAGGACAAAUUAUUGACCGCGGUGCUACGUUGCAUCGAUAUCUUCUGCGUGUGGGACUGUUGCUGGUUGUGGCUUGAGUUUCAAAAAUACGUGGCUCUUUUGGUGUUCGAUCCAUUCGUAGAAUUGUUCAUCACCCUUUGUAUCGUCGUCAACACACUAUUCAUGGCACUUGAUCAUCAUGAUAUGGACAAGGAUAUGGAAAGGGUGCUCAAGACAGGAAAUUAUUUCUUCACGGCAACAUUCGGUAUCGAGGCAACGUUGAAGCUGAUAGCAAUGAGUCCGAAAUUUUACUUUCAAGAAGGAUGGAAUAUUUUCGACUUCAUUAUCGUCGCUCUUUCGCUUCUGGAGUUAGGAUUAGAAGGUGUACAAGGUCUUUCCGUGUUACGAUCGUUCAGAUUGUUAAGAGUGUUCAAAUUGGCAAAGUCGUGGCCUACGUUGAAUCUGUUAAUUUCCAUCAUGGGUAGAACAGUAGGCGCCCUGGGUAAUCUGACGUUCGUGUUGUGCAUCAUUAUCUUCAUUUUCGCCGUGAUGGGUAUGCAAUUGUUCGGCAAGAACUACACUGACAACGUAGAUCGAUUUCCGGAUGGUGAUCUACCAAGAUGGAAUUUCACCGACUUUAUGCAUUCGUUCAUGAUCGUCUUUCGCGUACUCUGUGGAGAAUGGAUCGAGUCUAUGUGGGAUUGUAUGCUUGUGGGCGACGUUUCUUGCAUACCAUUCUUUCUGGCCACUGUCGUCAUCGGUAAUCUGGUUGUGCUGAAUCUCUUCUUGGCUUUGUUGCUGAGCAACUUCGGCUCGUCGAAUCUAUCGGCGCCGACCGCAGACAACGAUACGAACAAGAUCGCGGAAGCGAUCGAUCGAAUAGCACGAUUCGUUAAGUGGAUCAAGCGAAAUGUCCUUUAUCUUGCUAAAAUGAUGCGAGCCAAACUCACCAAUCAGAUAUCCGAUCAGGCGCCAGGUGAGGGACCGUCCAACAGUUGGAAAGAAGAUGGAAUUGAUCGCGAUGGGGACCUAGAUCUUGCAGAUGGCGAACUCGAUGCGUAUAGAGACAAGAAGAGUGCCAAGGAGCUGAACCAAUUAGAAGUUGCUAUUGGGGAUGGAAUGGAAUUUACGAUUCAUGGAGACCUAAAGAAUAAAUUGAAGAAGGGUAAAUUGUGCAUGAACAACAGCAAAGUUAUAGCAAAUUCGAUAAAUCAUCGUGACUACAGGCUGGAUAAUGAUUAUAUUAAUCAAAAUGAGGAUGAUACCAUCAGUAAUAAAUCAUAUGGCAGCCAUAAAAAUAGGGCGUUCAAGGACGAAAGUCAUAAGGGGAGCAUGGAUUCAUUGGAUGGAGAAGAAAAGAAGGAUGCGAGCAAAGAAGAUUUAGAACAAGAAGAAGAUCUUGGCGAAGAAGGAGAGGAAGGAGAAGGUGUCAUAGGCGAUGCGAUUAUCCAAGCAGAAGAAGAUCCCAUCGAAUCCGAUUAUCCAGCUGAUUGUUGCCCAGAAAAUUGUUACAAGAAGUUCCCAUUCUUGGCUGGCGAUGACGACGCACCGUUUUGGCAAGGUUGGGCGAAUUUGAGACUGAAGACCUUCCAACUAAUUGAGAACAAGUAUUUUGAGACUGCCGUCAUUUUGAUGAUUCUUUUGAGUAGUAUGGCUCUCGCCUUGGAAGAUGUGCAUCUUCAACAACGACCCAUUCUGCAAGAUAUCUUGUACUACAUGGACCGAAUAUUUACUGUGAUUUUUUUCAUCGAAAUGUUAAUCAAAUGGUUGGCUCUUGGCUUCAAAAAAUAUUUCACGAACGCUUGGUGCUGGCUUGAUUUUAUCAUUGUCAUGGUGUCACUCAUUAACUUCGUAGCGUCGCUCUGUGGCGCUGGCGGGAUCCAAGCCUUCAAAACAAUGAGGACCCUAAGGGCCCUAAGGCCACUCAGGGCGAUGUCUAGAAUGCAGGGAAUGCGGGUAGUCGUCAACGCUUUGGUUCAAGCCAUUCCAUCCAUUUUCAACGUGUUACUGGUGUGUCUUAUCUUCUGGUUGAUCUUCGCCAUUAUGGGUGUACAGCUUUUUGCCGGCAAAUAUUUUAAGUGUGUAGAUGCGAAUAAAACAACACUCAGCCAUGAAAUCAUUCCUGAUCGAAACGCCUGUUUGGCUGAGAACUACACCUGGGAAAAUUCUCCAAUGAAUUUUGACCACGUAGGAAAAGCUUAUUUAUGCUUGUUUCAAGUGGCUACGUUCAAAGGAUGGAUUCAGAUCAUGAACGAUGCCAUCGACUCUAGGGAGCUCAACAAACAACCAAUUCGUGAAACGAACAUCUACAUGUAUUUCUAUUUUGUAUUCUUCAUUAUAUUUGGAUCGUUUUUUACCCUUAAUCUAUUCAUUGGUGUGAUCAUCGAUAACUUUAACGAACAAAAGAAAAAGGCAGGAGGUUCCCUCGAGAUGUUCAUGACAGAAGAUCAGAAGAAAUAUUAUAACGCUAUGAAAAAGAUGGGUAGCAAGAAACCACUUAAAGCCAUUCCACGUCCAAGGUGGAGGCCGCAAGCAAUAGUGUUUGAAAUAGUGACAGACAAAAAGUUCGAUAUGAUAAUUAUGUUGUUCAUCGGAUUGAACAUGCUUACAAUGACGUUGGACCAUUAUCAACAAACUCAGACUUUCAGCGAUGUUCUGGACUAUCUAAACAUGAUAUUCAUUGUGAUAUUCACCAGCGAGUGUCUCAUGAAGAUCUUUGCUCUACGUUACCACUAUUUCAAGGAGCCAUGGAAUCUCUUUGAUUUUGUUGUUGUUAUAUUGUCAAUAUUAGGUCUGGUUCUCAGCGAUAUUAUUGAGAAGUAUUUCGUAUCGCCAACAUUGCUUCGUGUAGUAAGGGUGGCAAAAGUCGGUCGUGUGCUUCGACUCGUGAAAGGUGCCAAGGGUAUUCGAACUCUUCUUUUCGCCUUGGCGAUGUCGUUACCAGCUCUCUUCAAUAUUUGCCUAUUACUGUUUUUGGUGAUGUUUAUCUUUGCAAUUUUUGGAAUGUCGUUCUUCAUGCACGUGAAAGAUAAAAGCGGACUGGAUGAUGUGUACAAUUUUAAAACGUUUGGACAGUCGAUGAUAUUGCUAUUCCAGAUGUCAACGUCCGCUGGUUGGGACGGUGUUCUUGACGGUAUAAUAAACGAAGAGGACUGCCAGGAACCAAACAACGAGAUAGGAUAUCCGGGCAAUUGUGGUUCGUCUACGAUCGGCAUUGCCUAUCUUCUCUCGUAUUUGGUGAUCAGCUUUUUAAUCGUGAUAAAUAUGUACAUCGCCGUAAUCUUGGAGAACUAUUCUCAAGCGACCGAGGAUGUGCAAGAAGGUUUGACGGAUGAUGAUUAUGAUAUGUAUUACGAGAUCUGGCAACAGUUUGAUCCAGACGGAACACAGUACAUCAGAUACGAUCAGUUAUCCGAUUUCUUGGACGUGCUCGAACCGCCAUUGCAGAUACACAAGCCGAACAAGUACAAGAUCGUAUCGAUGGACAUUCCUAUAUGCAAAGGAGAUAUGAUGUUCUGCGUGGACAUCUUGGAUGCUCUCACCAAAGACUUCUUCGCGCGUAAGGGUAAUCCGAUUGAGGAGACAGCAGAGCUCGAGGUUCAAACGCGUCCAGGUGAAACUGGUUAUGAACCGGUCUCUUCUACUUUGUGGCGUCAGCGUGAAGAAUAUUGCGCGCGUUUGAUCCAGAACGCUUGGAGAAAACACAAACAACAGCGUCUAGGCGGACCCAGCGAAGAAAGCGAUGACGCUGACACGGAUCCACGGGUCAGACAAACCGCAGUCUUAGUCGAGAGUGACGGUUUUGUAACGAAAAAUGGCCACAGAGUUGUCAUCCAUAGCCGAUCGCCGAGCGUAACUUCGAGAACCGCGGACGUCUGAUCGGCGUCCAUAAUGUCUCCAGCACCGCCACCGUCGUAGCAAGCGCCACCACGAACCACAAAUUGGCGGCGUCCGUGCGACGAUCGCUCCAUCUGCAGCAUCGCCGAUUAACAGCUAUAGAAUUACCGACAGACGCGUCAAUUUCACGUAGCGUCUGCAGUGCUGAUACUGCUCGCAAGGAGCAGCGGCCUCACGGACCUCGCGCGCGCUCUCCAUCGACAGCCUUAUAGUUGUAUAAAAAAUAAAAGAAAGAAAAAAACCAAAAAAAAAAAAAAAAACAAAUAAAAAAAUACAUUCCUCCAACGAGUUGCCUUUAAUCUACUGUAAACGCUACGAUCGUUGGGAAAGACACGUCGCUAGCUGAUGAAUACACGAGCGAGGAUUAGGAUACACGAGACAUGUGUUUGUUUAUCUUGAACGAGUUAAAAACGGGGCGCAAAUAAUAAGAUGAUAGAGAGAAACAUAAAGUUGUUGAUAUCAUCAAUCGUCCCUGCUCGUUAUUGAAUUUGGUUCGGCUCUCGUUCCGUGGUGCAAGAGGAAUUCAUGGAAUCGUAAUUGAAAAAUAAGAUUUGACUAUGAAACGAAGAUACGGAUAGACAUACGAAGAGGAAUCGAAGGACAAGAACUUUAACAGGAAAGAACACAUAUAAAGAAUAUAAUGAUAGUCGGUGUAUAGAGAAAAGUGUAUUUGACUCUGUACAACGUAAUCUUCGAGUCGACUUCCCCCCCUUUAAAAAUAAACCAGGGCUCGAAGGUUAACGUUGCUACGCGCUCAGUAUUCCUGCCUUCGAUGGACUUCGUUACGGUACUUCUUACCGUUCUUUCUUUUUUUUUUUUUAGAAAUCGUACGAUGACGAUGACGAUCCGCGCCGGCUGCGUUAGCUGCACGCAUACUCGAGACGCAAUGAAAUGAAAAAUCUUUUCACAUGACCGACAAUGAAAUGAAGAUCUACGGUGGGAUAGUUGAUAUUGCCGCGUUUGCAAAAAGAAAAAAAAAAAAAGAGAAAGAGAGAGAAAUGAGCGAUCGUUUCUCUAAAAGAAAACUUAUCGGUAGAGCUGAUUCAUAAAAUUCUAUCCGCGUAUAUUGGAUUUUUUACACGGUUUUGACAGCGACUCGCCAAUUCGCUGACAAACACAACAUAAACGAAAAGAAGUUAAAAAAUAUAUAGAAAUGUAAUAAAAAAAUCAAUGUUGAUUCGCUGCGGUCGAGGUUCGUGGGUGACAUUUGUUCAUUUAUUUGUUAUUCUGGUCAUCGUACUGUGGUGUAUAAUAAAUACGAGAAAGUUUUUUGAACUUAAAACUGAAAAAAAGGAAAAAGAGAAAAAUGACGGAGAAAACGAAGACAUUGAUGAAGAUGCUGAUCAUAACUGACGAUAAUAGUGAGGAUGAUCAUAGAAUGAUUAAGAUAACGAUUAUAAAUCAUGAUGAUGAUGGUGAAUAAGAAUGUUAAUAAUGUGAAAUGUACGCGUAGUUUACUACAAUUUGCUCGGCUUGAACAAAUUUUGCGCAGUACGAUGCGCAAAAAUCCAAAUGCGCGGCUUUGUUUUAUCGGACCCUUUAUUUCUCUGUUCCUCUUAUCUAUUUUUAUAUUUAAAUAUCAAUCAUCAAUGAUCUAUCAUUUGAUUUAUAUAUUAUUAUUAACGAUCUGAUAAUUUUACAGCAAUAUAUUUAUUUAAGAAAUCGAAAAAUUGCUUUUAUAAAGAAUUAGGAAGAAAUACGAUUGUGAUAACUCAUUUGAUAAAACAGAUUUAAAUUUUUAGCUAAAUCUUUCUUGGUAAAAAAUUCUUUCUUGGAAAAAAAUUUUUUUUUCAAUAUUUAUAAUUAAUAAUUAGUUUUCUUGCCAAAAGGAACAGAGAAGAAAAAGGAAUGGCAAAUACAAAUUUCGCAAUCAUCAUCAGCUAGAUAUUUACACAUUUGCAAAAACUUACACAGACACAAUCUUACACGACGUAGUGAUGCGCUUUGGAAUAAAUGAAUAUACAUAAUAGUGUAACGUUAUUCGAAUAAUUGUAAUCGACAACCGUGCGCCCGUAAACCCGUCUCGCAGUAAAACGCGUAGUCUAAUCAUUAAAAUGAGUAAAACGAAGUAUAAAAUACCGCAUGUUUAAAUAAUGUGGAAAAAUGAAAGAUUAACUCGGUUGAUAAUGUAGAACUGGACACAACUAUUUUUAACUCAUUUUUGAAUUAUAUUUCUAUCAAAAUUUAACUCAAUUGUUAAAGUAAUAAAUAAAAAGUUGUAAAAAUAAUUAAUGAAUAAUAAUAAUGGGAUAGAAUAAUAACGGGAUAAAUU